UUUCUCGCUCUAUUUUUCAUUUUCAUAAAAUACACAGAGAUUUUGAACGGAAAAUGUUUAAGAAAAUUGUGUUGAUUUGAGAUUUCUCGAAGUGCCGGUGAGCCAUUAGGGUUCCGGUGUACUCUGAAUCUGUCGCGUCGUUCGUCGGAGAAUAAAUUUCGUUGUAGAGAGAUUUUAGACUGAAGCUAAGCAGAAAUUGCAGUUUACAGUUUCCUUUUGUCGAUUGUUGAACUUGAUAGGAUCUUAGAGUGUUUCUCUGCGAUAUGGCGAAUCUUCCGAUCCUUCAAUUUGAAGAGAAGAUCGUGGAAACAGUGGAGAAGAACUCAGUAGUAGUUAUAAUUGGAGAAACCGGUUCUGGGAAGAGUACUCAGCUCUCUCAGAUACUUCAUCGACAUGGUUACACAAAGUCCGGCGUCAUCGCCAUCACUCAGCCCCGACGUGUGGCUGCCGUUUCCGUUGCCAGGCGAGUCGCACAGGAGCUUGAUGUACCCCUUGGAGAAGAUGUUGGUUAUGCUAUACGUUUCGAGGACAGAACUUCGACCAAAACACGGAUUAAGUACCUCACAGAUGGAGUUCUACUUCGUGAGAGUCUGUCCAAUCCAAUGCUUGAUGAUUAUUCUGUAAUCAUAUUGGAUGAGGCUCACGAGAGGAGUUUAAACACGGAUAUUCUGUUGGGUCUAGUGAAACGGUUGGUUAGAAUCCGUGCAUCCAACUUUAAAGUUCUUAUAACCUCUGCAACACUUGACGGUGAAAAGGUUUCUGAAUUCUUUUCGGGAUGCCCUGUGCUGAAUGUACCUGGAAAAUUAUACCCUGUGGAAAUAUUAUACAGCAAAGAGCGUCCUGUCAGUUAUAUUGAGUCAUCUCUGAAAGUAGCAAUUGAUAUACAUGUUCGUGAGCCAGGAGGUGAUAUCUUAAUCUUCAUGACUGGACAGGAUGAUAUAGAAAAAUUAGUAUCAAAGCUAGAGGAAAAAGUACGAAGCUUAGCAGAAGGAUCAUGUAUGGAUGCUAUUAUCUAUCCUCUUCACGGUUCUUUGCCACCUGAAAUGCAGGUUCGUGUAUUUAGUCCUCCUCCUCCAAACUGCCGGAGAUUUAUUGUUGCUACAAAUAUUGCUGAAACUUCCCUUACUGUGGACGGGGUUGUGUAUGUAAUUGAUUCCGGGUAUGUGAAGCAAAGACAAUAUAACCCAUCAAGUGGAAUGUAUUCUCUUGAUGUUAUUCAAAUUAGCAAAGUGCAAGCUAACCAACGUGCUGGACGUGCUGGCAGAACAAGACCUGGGAAAUGUUAUCGUUUAUACCCAUUGGCAGUCUACCGAGAUGACUUCCUUGAUGCAACUAUUCCUGAAAUACAACGAACUUCUCUUGCCGGGAGUGUUCUAUACUUGAAAUCGUUGGAUCUUCCUGAUAUUGACAUUCUCAAGUUCGAUUUUCUUGAUGCUCCUUCAUCUGAGUCAUUAGAAGAUGCGUUGAAGCAAUUGUAUUUCAUUGAUGCAAUUGAUGAGAAUGGAGCAAUAACAAGGAUUGGACGGACAAUGUCUGAGCUUCCACUAGAACCAUCAUUGUCAAGAACAUUGAUAGAAGCGAAUGAAAACGGUUGCUUAUCUCAAGCUCUAACAGUCGUUGCUAUGCUGUCAGCAGAGACUACUCUUCUUCCUGCUAGGAGUAAACCCAGUGAAAAGAAGAGGAAGCAUGAUGAUGAUUCUAAUCUUCCUAAUGGAUCCGGAUUUGGUGAUCACAUUCAACUGCUACAGAUUUUCGAAUCUUGGGACCGUACUAAUUAUGAUCCUGCAUGGUGCAAAGAGAACGGCAUGCAGGUGCGAGGGAUGGUGUUUGUCAAAGAUGUUAGAAGACAGUUAUGUCAGAUUAUGCAGAAAAUAUCCAAAGAUCGAUUGGAAGUUGGGGCACAUGGUAGGAAGAGUUCAAGCCGAGACGACUACAGGAAGUUGAGGAAAGCUCUAUGCGUUGGUAAUGCAAACCAAAUUGCUGAGAGAAUGCUUCGUCACAAUGGAUACCGGACUCUUAGUUUCCAGUCCCAGCUAGUCCAGGUGCAUCCAUCAUCUGUGUUGAGUGCCGACAACGACGGAAUGUUGCCAAAUUACGUAGUGUACCAUGAGCUGAUUUCCACCACACGUCCGUUCAUGCGGAACGUUUGUGCAGUAGACAUGUCAUGGGUGGCUCCCAUCAAAAGAAAGAUCGAGAAAUUAAAUGUCAGAAAACUGAGCGGUGGACCGGCUCCCUCUUUCAAGAAACCUGAAGAGAAGAUGGAGUUGUCUAAGAACGAUGCAGAAACACCUGCAGUUUCUGAAAAUGUCGAUAGUCGGAUUGAAGCAGCCAGAGAACGGUUUCUUGCUCGUAAAGGACAGAAAUAAAUUUGAUGUCUCAAACAUAAAUACAAAAUUCAACUAGCCCAAUCUCUUUAUUUUUCCCAUAAAGAAUAGAAAAAGCUUUCUUGUAGAAGAUUUGUUAUUCGAAACAAUUUUGUAUGAUCUCAAGUAUUAUGGUAAAAAGUUGAUAUGUUUGAGCACC